GUGUGUGUGAGCAGCAGCAGAUCACGCAGCAGUUGGAGCAGGUCACUACUGCACUUGAUGUCCUGCUGGCUAAAAUGUCGAGCACACCUCUCAACGAGUCUUGGUUUGCUCUGGAUAAAGUAUUCGAGCAUCCCGCGGGGAUUGAAUGUUACACCGUCCAGACUUCCGACGCCUGGCUUCCAGACGACACCGACUUGCUGGUAUCAACGAUGGAGUCCGUGUUUUUGGAGGAUUUGAGUCUAGACGAGAAGGGUCCUGUAUAUUCAAAGGAUGAAGACUGGCGGUUUUCCGCUCCUUCUUCCCAGUUGGAUUAUAUUCCACCUGACAAUGCCCCUCUCCCAUACCCUGCAACAUCGCAACUCCGCAGUGGUCCGGAAACCAGGCCUAACACCUCAUAUCAGGGGAGAGCCAGGGAAGCUGCUGCGUCACACCCCUACAAGGCCAGAAGAUACCGAAGAUGGAGAGCACCUGGUUCCAUGCAGGGCAGGUGUGACUGCUGUUGCAACUGCUGCCAGAGGAGAUACAGACCGAGGAGAUACAGACCAAGAAGAUACAGGCCAAGAGUCCCUUCGUGGGAGCACCUUCCUGUGGCCAUCCAGCCUACAAAGUGGUACCAGGUUGUCGGAAGUAUGCAGUGCAACUACUGCAAAGCCCAGGGGAGGCACCAGAUGACAUCUUGGAUGUGCCAGAGAUGCAAGGCGCCCCUGUGUCUGAUGCCACAUAGAAACUGCUACAAUGAGUGGCACGGUCAGAGCUGUGAGCUCAGAGUGGAGAAUCUGCCUUUAAAAGAGGAAAAUGAGUGAAAGUUUCUUCUCCCGUGGUGAGAGGAGUUUCUUGUGUUAUGCUGUGCAACUUCAGUUAGCCUGUUGGCUUUUCUUAUUUCGUCUUUACACUCAAAUUUGUAGUUAACUUCCAAAAUGCUGAGUGUUGCCACUCAGAAUAUUGCUUUAUGUUUACAAGAGGGCCACCGCUUGUUUUGAUUUUUCUCUGAGUUUCUUUAAGACGAGUAUUUAAAAGAAAAAUGAUUAAAAGUUGCACUCCAUUAUUCCAUUAAAAUUCAUCUUUCC